AUGUUUGAACAUCAAUUGAAAUUCGUAAAUAUACCUGAAACUGAUUGGAUCCCAUACUUGAUUGGAUCAUUACCAUCUGAAAUAAAUCAAUUAGUUGUUGAAGAAAACGAAGAGGAUUCUAAAGAUUAUGCAAAAGUAAAAGCUAUGCUUUUGAAGCGAUAUAGACUCACAGCUGAUAGGUUUCGACAAAUGUUUUCUCAGCAUAGAAAUUCUGCAGAAAUUACAUGGAAGGACUUUGCUUUUGAAUUGAAAUCUUAUUUUGAAGGAUGGAUUAAAGAAUUGAAUAUCUCUAGUUUCGAGCAGCAGCUACAAAACUUGAUCAUUGCAGAUCAAAUAAAGAAAAGAACACCUCCCGAGGUAAGAGAACAUUUUGUGGACAGUUUAUCAGAAAUUAACAAUCCGUUCGAGCUCGCAGAAAAGCUCGAUUAUUAUGAAAAUGUAAGACUUGACAUGAAGAAAAAUGGAUCUUCCAAAGCAAAGAAAUCAUAUUGUAAAGAAAAUAUUAAAUUUGUUCCAGAACGAAAAUCUAAAACUAAUAAUCCUAAAAACGUUAACCAGAUUAAAAAUACAAACAUUGACAAUUCAAAAUUUACUAAUUAUAGACAAGAAAGGAAAACUUCUAUUCAUUGCUAUGGUUGUGGAUAUCCCGGUUUCAUACAGUCAAAGUGCCCUAAGUGUAAUAAGUUAAAAGAAGAAGUUAAAACUGUCGUCAAUCGUGUAAAAUUGUAUGCAGUUGUAUCAUCCGAUCUACUGUCCAGUUCCAUUUUUUUAACUGUUUGUGGUGAAAAAGCAGCUUUUUGCGCUGAUACAGGAGCAUCGAAUUCUAUUGCAGGAGAAAGAUUUUAUAAGUUGUUACGAGAUCGAGGAUUUAGAUUUAAAACAACAAAUUAUUACGAUGAUACUAGCUGA